AUGGCUUCCGCCGACAUUCUUGAUUAUGAGGCCGAUGACAUCGAUAUGGAGGAAGAUGGGGAAGUAAAUUUCAUUCUCGAUAAUUCUGUUUUAGAUGGUAUUGUGCGGAUGAAAGAGGCCGCGAAGCGCCGCAAAGGUCGUGGAUUCGCGUCAGAAGGCACUACGAAGACUGAAAUUAAGCACUACGAAGGAGUCGAAGCGGAUGACGAAGACGAUGUUGCGCAAAAAUCUGUUGAGGGUUGGAUACUUUUCGUAAGCGGAGUUCACGAAGAAGCGUCUGACGAUGAACUCCGUGACAAGUUCUCGGAAUUCGGGCAGAUAAAGAAUUUCCAUUUGAACUUGGAUCGUCGUACUGGUUUUAUCAAAGGCUACGCUUUGGUCGAGUACGAGAAACGUUCUGAAGCUGAAGCUGCUCGGGUGAACUUGGACAACACGGACAUGCUUGGUCAAAUCAUCAGGGUAAACUGGUGUUUCGUUCAGCCUCCGAAAAAGUAA